AGAAAUGUGUUCAACUUUCUAUGACACCAUCACAGUGAUGUAAUCUCCAUGUUUCAGCUGACUAUUAAUCAUGACUUCUUCUUCUUCCAGGAAGAUUACGAUCGGCUGAGGCCGUUAUCUUAUCCCAUGACAGACGUUUUCCUCAUCUGCUUCUCUGUGGUGAAUCCGGCCUCCUUCCAGAACGUGAAGGAAGAAUGGGUUCCGGAGUUAAAGGAAUAUGCACCGAACGUACCUUUCCUGCUAGUGGGAACCCAGAUCGACCUCCGAGAUGAUCCCAAGACUCUAGCAAAACUAAAUGAUGUGAAGGAAAAACCCAUUACCAGCGAGCAGGGGCAUAAGCUGGCGAAAGAGAUCGGGGCAUGCUGCUAUGUUGAGUGUUCGGCUCUGACACAGAAAGGGUUGAAGGCCGUCUUUGAUGAAUCCAUUAUAGCUAUUCUUACUCCAAAGAAAAACCCCAUGAAGAAGAGAUUAGGCUCGAGGUGUAUAAACUGCUGUCUGAUCACGUGA